AUGUGGAUCUUUAUUCGACCUUUUAGUUGGGAUCUGUGGCUGUCCAUCGCCAUCGUCUGUGUUUUCGUCGGAGGUAUCAUACUAUUCAUGGAAAGGAAUGUUAAGGAAGAUUCAGGACUUGAAAAUUCGCCAUUUAAGAAGCAACUAAGUGGGGUUUCUAUUCUAUGGUUUCCUGUAGUACAAGCAGUUCUUCCUGAAAAAGAAUCAUUGGCCAAGAACUGCUCUAGGUUUGUGCUUGUGUUGUGGUUGAUAUUAGCAUUUGUGCUAAUGCAAAGCUACACAGCAUGCUUGUCAUCAAUCUUGACAGUACAUCAGCUGCAACCUCGUUACCUAAGUGAGUAUGAUGUUAUUAAUGACCCCAACAUUAACAUUGGAUAUUAUGGGGGCUCUGCCGUCAAAGGCUUGUUGCUGGAGAGAUUAAAAGUUCACAAGUCAAGGGUGAAGAAAUAUUCCACCAUGGAACAAUAUAAGGAGUUCUUAGAUAAAGGAAGCCGUAAAGGUGGUGUUGAUGCUAUUUUUUAUGAAGUUCCCUACAUCAAAGUGUUCCUCAAAGAAUACGGUUCUAAUUAUGCCAUGAUUGAAACUAGGCACCGCACUGAUGGAUUUGGUUUCGCAUUCCCCAAAGGCUCCACAUUAACUUCACACUUUUCCAGAGCCAUAUUGAAUGUGCGCGAGAGUCCAGAAAUGGAUGACAUUGAGCAUAAAUAUUUUGGAAGCAGUAACAACGAUGAAGGCCAAAGCCCAUCUAAUUCAUCGUUAGAUGAUGCAAGUUCAAGCAGCCUCACUACUUAUAGCUUUGCAGGUUUGUUCAUGUUAAUUGGAGUUUUUUCACUGUCAGCUUUGAUAGUCUCUGAAAGUCGUAUUUGGCAAAAACCUAUUAUAGCAGCAAAAAUGUAUAUCCAAAGAUUCUUGAGUCGGAGGUUCACAAGAACCAAUCCAUUAGAGGAAGGUUCUACGACAAGAAGAAAUAAUGUUGAUAGAGAAGAAAAUAUAUCAGAAGACAGAGCAGAUGACCAAGGAAAACUGUCUAUAGCAUCUCUUACAUGUGGGGAUACCCAAACAUUGCCUGUGUAA